CAGGGAUAUCUUGCCAACCCUAGACCUCAGCUCUGAGUGGCUGCAUGGAUACCCAAUGCUGGAAGCACCUUCUCCCUCCCUUCCUCCUGAACUUGUGGGCACCGGCACAGCAUCUCCAGCACACCUUUGUAUCCAGCCACAGAUCUCCAGGUACAGAGCUAAUGGAGGAGUAUGUGCCACUGGUACAUGAGAGCCUGACUUUUUCCUUAUGGGAUUAUGGCGUCUUUGCUGUGAUGCUAUUGAUGUCAACAGGUAUCGGACUUUUCUACGCUUUUUCCCAUGGAGGGCAAAAGACCUCAGAUGACUUCUUUACAGGAGGAAGGAGUAUGUCAGCAGUACCAGUAGGUCUGUCCCUCUCUGCCAGCUUUAUGUCUGCAGUGCAGGUACUGGGGGUGCCAGCUGAGUCUUACCGAUAUGGUGUCAAGUUUCUGCAAAUGUGCAUAGGUCAGAUUCUCAACAGCCUCAUGACUGCCUACAUAUUCAUGCCAAUUUUCUACAGACUGGGGAUCACCAGCACUUAUGAGUAUCUUGAGAUGCGAUUCAGCAGAAGUGUUCGGCUUUAUGGAACCAUUCAAUUUCUCUUGGGGACAAUGUUUUACACAGGCAUUGUGAUCUAUGCUCCAGCACUGAUUCUCAAUCAAGUAACUGGGUUGGACAUCUGGGCUUCUCUAUUCUCAACUGGAGCAAUCUGCACAUUCUACACAACUGUGGGUGGUAUGAAAGCUGUAAUCUGGACAGAUGUGUUCCAGGUGCUGGUGAUGCUUUCUGGAUUCUUUGCAGUCGCUAUUCGUGGUAUACACCUAGUUGGAGGAUUUUCCGAUGCCAUAGAAAUUGCAGGAAACUAUUCCAGGAUUAAUUUUGGAGACUUUGAUCCUGAUCCUCGAAGGCGUUACACUUUCUGGACUUUUGUCAUGGGGAGCACUUUCCUAUGGUUGUCCAUGUAUGGAGUCAACCAAGCCCAGGUUCAACGAUAUGUAGCAUGCAAAACAGAAAAUGAAGCUAAGCUAGCCAUACUGGUGAAUCAAGUAGCCCUCUGCGUCAUCGUGUCAAGUGCAGUCACCUGCGGCAUUGUGAUGUUCGUCUAUUACCUGAACUGUGACCCCCUCUUGGCUGGAUAUGUUUCUGCCCCCGAUCAGUACAUGCCAUACUUUGUGCUGGAAAUCUUUGAUCAGUAUCCUGGGAUACCAGGGCUUUUCCUUGCUUGUGCAUACAGUGGAACAUUAAGUACGGCAUCCACUAGCAUCAAUGCCAUGGCUGCAGUAACAGUCGAGGAUCUUAUAAAACCAAAAUAUCCCAACAUUCCAACAAAGAAACUAACAUUCAUUUCCAAAGGACUUUCUCUGAUCUAUGGAUGCUCCUGCAUAACAGUAGCAGCUUUAUCAUCUCUACUUGGUGGUGGAGUGCUUCAGGGCUCCUUCACAGUUAUGGGAGUGAUCAGUGGACCUCUGCUUGGAGCAUUUAUGCUGGGAAUGUUUUUUGUUUCUUGUAACACCAUUGGAGUGUUUGCAGGACUUUUGGUGGGAUUAGUGUUGUCCCUCUGGGUAGCAGUUGGAGGUACAAUUUAUCCUCCCAGCGCAGAAAUGAUGGGUGUCUUGCCAACAUAUGCAGAGCACUGCCCUUUGUUUAACUCCAGUAAAGGAAUAAUCUAUGGCCCAGCACCUGUCCAAAACAUCACACAUACUAUGGAAAGGCCUGCUCUAGCUGAAGACUUGUAUGCCUUGUCCUACCUUUAUUAUGGAGUCGUUGGCACAUUUAGCACAAUUAUCAUUGGAGUGAUAGUCAGCAAAUUUACAGGUCCUACUAAACGGGAGACAAUAGCACCAGGCUUGCUAUGGUGGGACCUUUCUAACAGUGCUGCUUUCCAGCCGAUGGAGAAGAAAGAUGAUCUAGAGAAAACAGAAGUUGAGGAGACCCUCUUAAAAAAGGACAACACCUUUCACUGCACUACCUUCCUUCCAAAUCACCUACCACAUUCUGAGACCAGCACAUACCUUCUGAGCGAGGAGUAUUCCCCAGGAAAUGAUUCAUACAGCAAUGGAGAGAAAACAUAUCCCCUCAAAACAAUUAAUGGCUAUGAGGACAAAGAAUCUCGUGUGUAGGCUAUCUCUAAUUUGGAUGAACACUGCCCUAAUCUUGGUGGCUGGACCCAAGACUUACUUUCAGCAUCAUUACUGUAUAUAAAGAGCCCUUUAAAACCAAGUCCACAUGUAAUAGAACUUAAACCAUAACAUUUUAUUUUUUGGUAUUUGGUUGAAUGAUUAUGUCAGCAACUUGUCAGGAAUUUGUUGCUUUCCAUUGUCUUUUUCAAGCUGGGAGACAAAGAUGCUUUUGAGGAAUUAGAUAUAUACUCUAUGCUGUUUACAAAGCAAGAGGAGUAUGAGGCCCAUAUUUCUGAAUAAAAGAUUAACACAAAAAAUUAACACCAUAUCGGCAUACGUGCUGCUAAAAUGGUAAAUAUUUAGGAUAUAAUCUGUGUUAAUUUGCCUCAGUCGCCAUUUAAACCUAUUCUGGCUAUUAUUAUUUUUCAAGAUCUAACUAUAAAAAAACAAGGAGAGGUGAAGAAAAUAAAGUGACAACAGCCACUGGUCCCUCUCCCAGGACAAAACUUGUUUUCUAAGAUUACAUCGACAGACACAGUUCCACAAAGAAUGCAGCAUCUGCCUUUAUCUUCACAUAAAAAAUAUUAAAGAGACAGGCUCAGGCAAAAUAAGCUGGCUGAAUGUCAAGCAAUGCAACAGAACUGCACACUUUUUUCACAUUUGAGAAGUGUGUACCAUCAGAUUCAGACUUAGACAUUGAAUCAAUAGAACAUAUUGCUUGUUCUCGUCUGACAUGUCUUUGGCCAGCAGAAAACUAAAACCAGUUUGUAAGAAGAUUUUAUGUUCAUUAUAAACCAACAGUAAAGUUGUAGGGUAUAACAUAGUGCAUACAACCUUUUUGCAUAUUUGCAUUUAUAAAUUGGUAGGAGCUGCCAUAUGUCUGUCAGCUGAGGAGUUCUCUGUAAAUAAUAGUAACCGUUUAUAUGUAUGACCAUGGCAGGUAUUGUUCUGUUGAAGCUUAUGGAAAUGUUUCCAGUCAAGCUUAGCAAUAUGAAUUGUAUGUAUACAGCACUCAACUUUGCUGUUUUGAACACUUAGAAGGUAAACCUCCAUUGCAAAUUGUAUUUAGUAUUUAUUUAGUAUUUAGUGUUCCUGACUCCAGGGAUACCAUACAAAAAAAAAUGUAUAAGUCUCAUUUACUAAUGCAAUGCAGUGUGGGAAGUUCAAUUUUUGCAUACAAAUUGGCACUGUUUGUUUUCCUACAAUGGAAUGCUUUUUCCCCAGAUUUCCCAGCAAAAUUGCAGCCAAGGGCCCAAUGUUUCAAAAUGAGUGCAAUUGUGCAUGCACAUGGGUUCAGUGAAGAAUAAGUCAUACUGAAAAGCAAUUAUUAGCUGUAAAUCAUUGAUGAAGCACUUGCUCUUUCUUUCCCCUCUUCAGGCUUAUAGUACACAAGGUAUUUGGUUGAAGGCUGUGCUCAAGUUGAAAAUGACUUGCCAUAGUAGAGCAUGGCAACACAUGGCAAUAAUGGCAGUCAGACAGCUUCUGCUUAGAAAAACUAAAGUAAGCAUCUCUGAGAAGAGGUCACCUGUUUUGACUUCUGUUGUUUCCCACCUGAGCUUAAUCUGCCUUAAGCCUCAAGUAGAAACAUAUCUAAUGAACAAUAUCUAGCCUAUUACAAUUAACUUAAAUUAAAAAUACUAUGAACAAAGUAGAAUCACCCUGUUCUUUUUAUCUUUCUUCAAAAGAAUGAAUAUAAAUAAUAGUAAAAAGCAAAACUUUUUUCUUUAAUUAAACAAAACUGUGAACUAAGCAGGAGCUUAGGCUCUUUUAUUCACUCCUCAAUGAUAAUUAAGAAUCAUUGUUAAUAGCAUUUCACGUUUCUAUGUACUUGUAUGUAUGUAUCUUUCGAUUAAAAAUGUUAUUUACAAGAAGUUUAAAUCACAUUUAUUCUAAAGGAAUUGGAAACUGCAUUUCAUGUUCAAAGCGUAAAUAAAAUUAUUUGAUUUAAGAAUUA